CAAGGAACACAUACCAAAAAAUAGUCUUUUACUUACUGAACCAACUCCCAAAAGCUCAGAAAAAAAUUCCCCCAAUUUACUACAAACCACCGCCCUCCCGCCCGCCGCCGUGAACAACCGCCGUUCCGCUAUGGAUCCCGCCAAGUACGGCGGGAAGCGGCCGUUGGACAUAGAGCAGAUGCCGGAAACCCCGCAGCGGGGCUACCACCACCGCCGGGCUCACUCCGACACCUCCUUCCGCUUCGACGACCUGCUCCUAUUCGACCCUUCCGACCUCGACCUCUCUUCCCUUGACCUACCGACUCCAACUCCGCCGCGCCGCGGCGCUCCGAUGGCGAUCGAUUCGCCGCCGCUCUCCGAGGACUCCACGUCCACCGGCCCCGCACCGCCGCCCAAUUCGAGGGCCAAGCCAAUCAACCACCUCCGCAGCCUGUCCGUCGACUCGGACUUCUUCGACGGGUUUGCUUUGGGUUCCGGCUACGGAGAUGAGAAGCUUGGCGGCAAAGGGAUGGGGAUGGGAGCUGGAGGAGAGAGGAGGGUUCACCACAGGCAUAGCAACUCCAUGGACGGUUCGAGUUGUUCGGCGUCGUUUGAAGGGGAUUCUUAUCUUAUGACUGAUGAUGGUAUUAAGAAGUCCAUGGCGCCAGACAGACUGGCCGAGCUCGCUCUGAUUGAUCCCAAGAGAGCUAAAAGGAUUCUUGCGAAUAGGCAAUCUGCUGCAAGGUCAAAGGAGAGGAAGACCCGGUAUACCAGUGAGCUGGAGAGGAAGGUUCAUACUCUGCAAACGGAAGCUACCACCCUCUCUGCGCAGGUCACAGUGCUACAGAAGCAUGAUUCGUUGUUGCUUCUUGGUUUGCAGAGGGAUACUUCUGGAUUGACUACCGAGAACAAAGAAUUGAAACUGCGGUUGCAAGCUUUGGAACAACAAGCCCACCUUAGAGAUGCUCUGAAUGAAGCACUGAGAGAGGAAGUGCAGCGCCUGAAGAUAACAGCAAGUCAAAUGCCAAAUGGAAACCCUUACCAUCGGGGUCUUGCACCCCAUUUUCCACCUCAUCAGCAGCCAGCAUUUCCCGGUGGGUUCAACAGCAGUAACCAAACCCAGCAACAGCAACAGCAACAGCAACAGCAACAGGGUCUUCCACCACAGUCACCUCCGAGCAAUGGGGCAACCCGCCCUAGCUUCUCGAGCUUCAGCAGCCAGAGGGUGUAGUUGGACUCUGCGGAAGAAAACCUCCCAUAUGGAUUCAACUCUGAUAUGGAUUUGGAAUCCAAACAUUUUACGACAUUAAAGUUGAUCAAAUUCAAUACCACAGAGAGAGUUAGUAGCAUCCUGUAUAUGCCAGAGUAUGUACAUAUAAAUGCAGCAGGGGGUCAAAGUUAUCAAAGUUCGGAGGGAAUUGUUAUAACUUAUAAGACGUUUGUACUUGUCACAUCGGAUACAGCUGCUGUCUUAGUUAUUUGGCACUUCACGGUGUUUGAUUAACCAAUUAUCUUGUAAUUUAUGUAUUUGUAGAAAGUCUAGUUAGUGGCAUAUCUUCUUGUGAUCUUCUAGUGCCGACGGUGUUAUUUUUAUAAAAAAAUAUUGUUGUCUGCGUCAAACAGUCUGUUGUCUACGGUCGAAGGCGAUUAGGUUUUCGUAUUGUUGAAUCAAAGCCUAUGUAACUACUCUACGUAUUCCCCGAGCAACCAUAAUCAGAGUCUGAGAAAGCUUGUAAGGCCAAGGAAGACCCAUCGAAAGACAACAAUAAGC